GAAUCACUCCUGCUUGGACUCUCUCGCUCUCUCGCACUCGCACGAACGGACGACGAAGAAGAAGAAGGAGACGACGAAGACGGCGACGAAGGAGGAGAAGAAUCUGAGAGGCCGCGUUUCGAUUCGUCAUCGCUCGCGUCAUUCUCUUCCGGCGACGGCGCAUUCUCUCCGCCUCCGGCUCCGCCAUUGAUUUCGUCGCUCUGACCUCCGAGGCGGAACCUCGCUCCUUCUCCAGCUCCCGGUGAUCGGUGUUUGAUGGAAGGCAAUGAGAGGAUAUGAAAUGCGCUGCUGAGCUUGCCUCGUGUUCUCCUUUUGUUCUGUGAAGAAGAGCGUCGUUGCUGAAAGGACCUGGGGAAAGAUGGAUAUCGGAUGUAGUCUGCGGCAGUCGAAUGCUCUUACCUGUGGAGAGGGCACAGGUCGCAAGGCUAUGGAACUUGCUAAUCCUAAUCCGAGGUUUAGAUAUAGAAGUUUCGGUUUUAGUCAGUUUAAGAGUGUGAAUAGCUACAGACCGAUGUGCGCUAACAGGAGCGUGAAACAAAUGGUUGUUCGUAAUGGCUGUUGUAAUUCGGCCGGGGGAUAUAAGCCGGAGUUGGACAACUAUUUGUGUGGUUCAUAUGUUAACAGGUUCCCUGUUUUUAAGGUCGGUAAUGUUUUCAAGUCAUCUAGAAGGCUUAGAUUUCAAUGUCAGAAUAAUGAUUCCUUAGCAUGUGUUAAUGGAAAUGGCCGAAAUGUAGAGUUCAUAGAGAGUACUGAAAGCUCGGAACUAAUUGAUGUUUCCGAUACUGAUGAUUCGAGAGGAGGAGGAAGAGAAGAAAAGGAUGAUCGGGAGCCACCUAGUCUUGAGGAACUGAGGGAAUUGUUGCAAAAGGCAUCGAAAGAAUUGGAGGUUGCAAGGAUUAACAGCACUGUGUUUGAAGAGAAGGCUCAGCGGAUAUCGGAAACUGCCAUAGCUUUGAAGGAUGAAGCUCAGAAAGCCUGGAACAAUGUCAAUAGUACAGUGAAUACCAUACAAGAUGCCGUAAAUGAAGAAUGUGUUGCCAAAGAGGCUGUUCAAAAGGCAACAAUGGCUCUUUCAUUGGCCGAAGCAAGGCUGCAGGUUGCAUUGGAAUCGCUAGAACUCGCAAAAGAAGAGAACGGUACUCUUGGUACUGCAAGUGAUGCGGACGAAAUCUCUAAUGAUGAGGAAGAAGCAUUAUUGGUUGCUCAAGAAGACGUAAGAGAUUGUCAGGCAAAUUUAGCCAAUUGCGAUGCUGAGUUGAAGCGGCUGCAGAACAAGAAGGAAGAACUGCAGAAGGAAGUGGACAGACUGGAUGAGGCUGCAGAGAAUGCUCAGAUGGAUGCUUUGAAGGCAGAGGAGGAUGUGGCGAACAUAAUGCUUUUAGCAGAGCAAGCUGUUGCUUUUGAACUUGAAGCUGCACAACGUGUAAAUGACGCUGAGAUUGCUUUAAAAAGGGCAGAGAAGUCUAUAUCUAGUACUUAUGUUGAUAUUCCAGAGAUGACUGGUGGGAAAAUGACCGACGAGAAGAUGCUUGAGGAAGAGAAUACGAUUCGAGCCAUUGGUAGCACUGCUAGUUCUGAACGAGAGAGAGAUGUCGUCGUUGGUGGUGAUCGGUUAGCUGGUGCGCAUUUACUGGAUCAGCAGGCUGAUAGAAUUGAGAUAUAUGAAGAGCCUGAGGAUUUGGAUGAUCAAGAAAAUGGUAAGCUUGUAUUAGAUUCUGCAAGAGAAGCUGAGGUAGAUGCAGACAAAUCGAAGUUUCCAGUUCAAGCAAAGAAGCAAGAUGCACAAGACUUGAGGGAGAGCUCUCCCUUAGGAGCUCCAAAGGCACUAUUGAAGAAAUCUUCUCGUUUCUUUUCUGCAUCGUUCUUCUCUUUUACUGUAGAUGGGACUGAAUUCACACCAGCAUCAGUUUUCCAGGGACUCUUGCAGACUGCAAAGGAGCAAUGGCCCAAGCUGGUACUGGGGAUAAUGCUUUUUGGGGCAGGGGCCACUAUUUUAGCCCGACGAGCUGAGAGAGCUGAUCAAAUGCUUCAACAGUCGCAAGUCGUUAGUGCCAGUGUAGAAGAAGUUUCCUCUAACGCCAAACCUCUGGUCCGCCAAUUGAGGAAAAUUCCUAAAAGAGUAAAAAAGCUAAUGGCCAUGCUUCCUCAGCAAGAGGUAAAUGAGGAAGAAGCUUCUCUCUUUGAUAUGCUGGCAUUGCUUCUAGCAAGUGUUAUUUUCGUUCCUGUUUUCCAAAAGAUUCCUGGAGGCAGUCCUGUCCUGGGGUACUUGGCUGCUGGUAUUCUGAUUGGACCUUAUGGACUCUCAAUUAUUCGGCAUGUACAUGGGACAAAGGCAAUUGCAGAAUUUGGAGUGGUUUUCUUGUUAUUCAACAUUGGCCUUGAGCUUUCUGUUGAAAGACUUAGUUCUAUGAAGAAGUAUGUCUUCGGAUUAGGAACUGCUCAGGUUUUAGCAACAGCUGUGGCUGUUGGCUUGGUUGCUCAUUAUGUAUGUGGGCUGCCUGGUCCUGCUGCUAUCGUCAUUGGGAAUGGCCUGGCUUUAUCUUCCACAGCUGUCGUCCUGCAGGUCCUGCAGGAACGAGGUGAGAGCACAUCACGUCAUGGACGCGCAACAUUUUCUGUCCUACUUUUCCAGGAUUUGGCUGUGGUGGUAUUGCUUAUACUCAUACCUCUUAUCUCACCGAAUUCAUCCAAAGGAGGGAUUGGCGUCCAAGCCAUUGCCGAGGCCCUGGGUUUAGCUGCAGUUAAGGCUAUUGUUGCCAUCACUGCUAUUAUUGCCGGUGGACGCCUGCUUCUGCGACCAAUUUAUAAGCAAAUUGCAGAAAAUCAAAAUGCAGAGAUAUUCUCAGCCAACACCCUCCUUGUUAUUUUGGGAACUAGUCUUCUUACAGCCAGAGCUGGUCUUUCCAUGGCAUUAGGCGCCUUUUUAGCAGGCUUGCUGCUUGCAGAAACUGAAUUUUCUCUCCAGGUUGAAUCAGAUAUUGCUCCAUAUCGCGGCCUGCUGUUAGGCCUAUUCUUCAUGACGGUUGGAAUGUCAAUCGAUCCAAAGCUUCUAGUUUCAAACUUUCCAGUCAUAACAGGGGCACUGGCACUACUAAUUGUCGGCAAGACUAUUUUGGUUAUGUUGGUUGGCCGGCUUUUUGGGAUCUCGAUAAUCUCUGCAGUAAGAGUGGGCCUUCUUCUCGCUCCUGGUGGGGAGUUCGCAUUUGUGGCUUUUGGUGAAGCGGUUAAUCAGGCAAUUAUGUCUCCUCAGCUGUCAUCUCUGUUGUUUCUUGUGGUGGGAAUUUCAAUGGCCAUUACUCCAUGGCUAGCUGCUGGAGGCCAGUUACUUGCCUCUCGUUUUGAGCAGCAUGAUGUCCGAAGUCUAUUACCUGUUGAGAGUGAGACCGAUGAUUUGCAAGAUCAUAUCAUCAUUUGUGGAUUUGGACGUGUUGGCCAGAUCAUUGCUCAGCUUCUUUCAGAACGACUAAUCCCAUUUGUUGCACUUGACGUAAGGAGCGACAGAGUAGCAGUUGGUCGUGCCCUGGACCUUCCUGUGUUCUUUGGAGAUGCGGGCAGCCGAGAGGUCCUUCAUAAAGUUGGGGCUGAAAGAGCAUGCGCUGCAGCAAUUACCUUGGACACUCCUGGUGCAAAUUAUAGGGCUGUUUGGGCUCUAAGCAAGUACUUCCCCAACGUAAAAACUUAUGUCCGUGCUCACGAUGUGGAUCAUGGCGUCAAUUUGGAGAAAGCUGGGGCUACGGCAGUUGUUCCAGAGACCCUGGAACCCAGUCUACAAUUGGCUGCUGCUGUUCUUGCACAGGCGAAACUGCCAACUUCAGAGAUAGCAGCAACAAUAAACGAAUUCAGAUCCCGCCAUUUGUCUGAGCUUACUGAGCUAUGUGAAGCCAGUGGAAGUUCGCUGGGUUAUGGAUUUUCUCGAAUCAUGAGCCGACCCAAACCUCUUCCCUCGGAUUCAUCAGAUGAGAAUGAAGCCAGCGAAGGGACGAUACCCAUAUAACAAACUACUAGUACAGGCCAAGCCAACCAGAACGGGCGGGGGAGGAUCGAAUAAAUGUAAAGCAAACCGCAUUGGUUUAAAUUGUACAGGGUUAUACAGAGUAUUGAACCGGACAUUUGACACCGUGAUCAUUCAUUUGGUUCCACAAAUUUUGCUAGACGUUCUCUACGAUCGCCUUCGUCGCUGCGGCUUUUGUCCUGUGGCUUGAAGGCAACGCUGGAUUUGCACGGGGAAAGAAACAGAGAGCUUGUAACCCUUUCAUGCAGGAAAUUAUUGAUUCACUUGCUUUUUUGUUUUUG